AUGGUCAUGGCGAUCACGAAGAGCGCAUCUCUCAACCCCUCGCUCGAGGAAGGCGAAGUCGAGGAGGGCAACGCGGACAGCAUCGCGAGCAGCCGGGAGGGCAGCUUGACGGACGAGCCUCUGUCCCCCUCCGAUUCUACCACAACAACGAGCUCGGGCGCGUCGAAAUCCAAGGCUAUUAUGCACAAGGCAGGAGCGAGAGAUGGGUCGGCCAUGUCGAAAUCGUCAAGUACAACCCCUACCGCAAGUUCAAGUUCCAAGCCUGUGCAGAACAGUACGAGCCAUUCCCCUCCAAAACCCGCGCCGCCCGAGAAUAUAUCCGCCGAACGUGAGCACCCUCCCCUCCCUCCCUCUUCCGUCCCGCCACCGACACGCGUGUGUAUGGGGACAGUGAACGCGGCGGACCUCGAGCGCGCGAAGACGCUCGUCCUUGACCUCCUCGGGUGGGGCGUGCCGCCCGAGUACCUCGUCGACGCGGGCGUGUCGGGGCAGGUGAUCUACAGGGUGUUUACGGAGCUCAAUUUGAGGCUGCCGAAAAAUUUGGCGGUGCCGCCACAGAUGCAGAAGCAGAAGACGUGA